UCAGCGGUGGAAGAAAGAUAACUCUAUUGUAUACGACUGCAUGAAAUAUGGUUAACAUGGAAUAUCCUGCACAAAGGAAACAUUUCAAAAUGUGGACUACUGUGUCCGACUCACGAUCAUUUAUUCACGCUAUCGAAGCAUUCGAACCUAUAUAAAACAAUAUAGACCUAUUGCACAUAUAGGGGCGCUGUGCGUAAUUGGUCAAACUUCCGAACUAUAGGGUAGGAUGUACACCAAUCUCUACCCAGAGUUGUCGUUCCUUGCUCUCACUUACACAGUGACUCUGGGUAGAGAUUGGGAUGUACACAUGUACAUGUAGAUCCCACGAUUGACCUUUGACUCGAUGUGUUUUCGACCUACAUCAUGACCUCUGUUCAUUUAUGAGAAGACAUGGAUUUUUAUGAUGUUAUUGUGGUGGGUGCAGGGAUUGAAGGUUCAUCAACUGCCUAUCAACUAGCAAAGCAAGGAAAGAAAACCCUGUUGCUGGAACAGUUUCCGCUGCCACACUCGCGGGGUAGCUCCCAUGGACAGAGUCGAAUCACCAGAAAGGCUUAUGGGGAGAUGGAACACUACACAGUGAUGAUGAAGGAGGCUUAUAAACUAUGGGAGACCCUAGAACAGGAAUCGGGGAGGAAGAUUUUCCAGGAAACUGGCAUGUUAACGAUGGGAUCAGCAGACGACAAAUUUACUAUGGGAACAAUCCGUUGUCUACAAUGUCAUGGGAUUCCACACCAAACCAUGGACUACAAUCAGAUGAAACGUGCUUAUCCAAUGAUUGAAUUUCCACGAGAUUUUACAUUUGUCAUAGACAAAAGUGGUGGUAUCUUGAGGGCAGACAAGGCUCUGAUGUCUUACCAUGAAACAUUCCGUCAUUAUGGAGGUAUUAUAAAAGAUGGUGAAAAAGUGUUGGAGAUUAUCCCUGGAGACUCCGUAGUGAUAAUAACCUCAACCAAUCAAUAUCGAGCACAGUCUGUGGUCCUGGCAGUAGGGGCGUGGGCAACCAAACUUUUACCGAAACUUCAGGUCCACCUCCCAAUAAAGGUUUUAAGAAUAAACGUCCUCUACUGGAAGGAGAAGGUCAGCGGUCAGUAUGGUGUAGACAAGUUCCCGGUGUUUUUACAGGAGAAUGCUAUCAGUGGUUUCACUGUCUAUGGUCUACCAAGUGCAGAAUACCCAGGACUGGUGAAGAUUUGCCUUCACUGGGGACCGGAAGUAGAUCCUGACACACGGGAUAAGGCAGACGACACAUGGGUCAUUAAUACAAUGAAGAAAUAUGUAUCAAAACAUUUCCCAGAAUUGAACCCGGAGCCAGCCAUCAUUGAAACUUGCAUGUAUACGUGGUCUGACGAUGAAAAUUUAAUUCUUGAUCAUCAUCCAUCUUGGAGGAAUAUUGUGAUAGGAGCUGGGUUUUCAGGUCAUGGAUUUAAGCUGGCUUCAGUAGUGGGUAAAGUUUUGGCAGAACUGGCAACAAACGAAACACCAUCAUACGACAUGACCCCUUUUAGGAUCCAGCGAUUCCGACAUAAUGCUAAAUUAUAAUUUGCACGAAGGUCCUGGAAUUGAGACGACCCGGUAUUGAUAUUUGUAGUGGACUGUACAGAAGUAGCGGGGAACACAUUACGGGAUGUUUCGGGCACAGAUAGAAUGUACAACCUAGCCAGCCCAUGACAGCAUUAAUUUUGUAUUAAAAAUGGAAUGAUAUUUUAAAGGAAACAUGGAUAUCAAAGAAAUGAUGUUAGUCUACUACAAGUUCCAUUCUUGAACAUGGUUUAUAGCUUUGUUACAUUUUAUUCAUUAGAGUUAAGAAGAAAAAAAAUCAUUUUUGAAUUAGAUUAUAAAUAACUUAAUCGGGAGAUGUAUUUUUAAAAAUGAAAUUGAAAUUAACAACACAUUUUCUAAUCAUAAAUAGUAUGACAAACCUUUGAUAUUUGGCAAAUUUCCAACAAUAGAGAAAUUGUUUGAUAACACUGUUUAUAUCAGACCAAUUUUUUUCAAAGUACCUUGCAUUGACAUUACACAUUGUAUUUUAAAGAAUCCAGAAAAUCUAGAAAAAUUCUUUUAUUUUUUUAUUUUUGAUUCAAGAUUUGUAUGUAUGUAAAAGAUUUAAAAAUCAUUUUUUGAAGAAAAGAUUUGUAUGAAUGAUAUAUGGCUCACAUACAUACAUGUAUAUGAUGAACUAGACAGAUUGGUUUUAUUUCCUACACAGUUUUAACAAGACUUUAUUUAAACAAGUGUUUUGGAUAGAAUUCUUGUAUUGCUGUUGGCUGUACAUAAACUGGAAGGUACAGUGUAUGUAAAGGAACAAAAACAUAAGAGGCUGAGUAAACUUUGUACAACAAACAAUAUUGAGAUGAAUUUCAGUUUAUGCUUAUUUAAAUAACUGUGUAAUUUAAUUUGUAUGAAUCAUUUUAGAAUCCAGUGAAGUUGUAAAGAGUAUUAUUAUGAAGAAACUUGGAUAUGAAAUUGGUACAGCUUUUAAGUGUUCAAAAUGUGAAAAAAUCCUGUAAGUCAGGAAAUAUAUGUUCUUACAUUUACAUUGCUUCUGUUAGUAGAAUAAUUAAUGAACUAUUUAAUUCAUACUAUUUUAUACAUGUAAACUAAUUAUGUUCUAUAUAUUACUCUUAAAACAUAUAUAUUUUAUGAUGAUAUAUACUAUACAUAUUGGAUAUUAUUUAUUUAUAUUGUUAUUUAUCGGAUAUGCCAUAAAGAAAUAUAUAUAUAUAUAAAUAAUACUAUAAUAGUC